AUGGGCACAAUCAACAACAACAGCAGCAGCAAGUCCGGCUUCGAGCCGCCGUCUCCCGAAGACCUGGCCGAGCUGCGCGAGCGCGUGCAAGAUUUCGUGCGGCGCGAGCUGACCGAGGAGGUGGCGGCGGCCACGGACAGAAGCAACAGCUUCCCGGCCGACAUGUGGGCCAAGCUGGGCGAGGCCGGUUUCCUGGGCAUUACGGCAGACGAGGACGUCGGCGGGCUGGCCCUGGGGUACCAGGCGCACUGCGUCGUCGUAGAGGAGCUGUCGCGGGCGAGCGGGUCUGUGGCCCUGAGCUACGCAGCCCACUCGCAGCUGUGCGUUAACCAGCUGCAGCUCAACGGGAACCCCCGGCAAAAGCACCGCUACCUCCCCGACCUGAUCGCCGGCCGCAAGGUCGGCGCCCUGGCCAUGUCCGAGCCCGGCGCCGGCAGCGACGUCGUUGCCAUGCGCACCAGCGCCCGCAGGGUCGACGGCGGCUACCUCCUCAACGGCUCCAAGAUGUGGAUCACCAACGGGCCCGACGCCGACGUCAUCGUCGUUUACGCCAAGACGGAUCCCGACGCCGGCUCCAAGGGCGUCACCGCCUUCCUCGUCGAGCGCGGCUUCCCCGGCUUCUCGUGCGCUCGCAAGCUCGACAAGAUGGGCAUGCGCGGCAGCAACACGGGCGAGCUCGUCUUCGAGAACGUCUUAGUCCCCGACGAGAACGUGCUGGGUAGCGUCAACGGCGGCGUGCGCGUCCUCAUGGAGGGUCUCGACCUCGAGCGCCUGGUCCUCAGCGCGGGCCCCCUCGGGCUCAUGCAGGCCGCGCUUGACCUCGCCCUCCCGUACGCCCACACGCGCAAGCAGUUCGGCACCCCAAUCGCCCACUUCCAGCUACUACAGGGAAAGCUGGCCGACAUGUAUACCAAGCUACAGGCAUCGCGUGCUUACACGUACGCGACGGCCAGGGCGGUCGACGAGGAGGGCCGCGUCAAGACCCAGGACUGCGCCGGCGCUAUUCUCUACGCCGCCGAGCGCGCCACCGAGUGCGCCCUCGACUGCAUCCAGAUUCUGGGCGGCAUGGGCUACGUCGAGGAAAUGCCCGCUUCGCGCAUACUUCGCGACGCAAAGCUGUACGAGAUAGGGGCCGGAACUUCCGAGGUCAGGCGCAUCGUCAUUGGCCGUGCCUUCAACAAGGAGUAUGCUCAUCUAUCGACCUGA